ACCCACAGGUGUGUUACGUCGCCUGUAUAAGGUGUCCUGUGACAACAAAAGAUGCCAUCUUCCAACCCUUUCAGGAAUUAGUAAAGUACAUUUAAGAAAAAGUUAGUGAUUUUUAGAUAAUGAUUUCUCUUUGUUUCAAAGCAGUGAGUAUGACCUAUAGAUAUAUGUGUACUUCAAGUACUUUGUUUUGUUAACUGUAGAGUAUGAUGUAUGCUGGAGGAAACCUAAGACUAAGAAGAUAAGCUUGGAAGUAAGUCCUUGAACGUAAGAAGUAAGAAGGACUCAUAUAUGUUCAUCGAGAAAACUCCGUGUAAAGGUCCCCCCUACGUGUGUUGGUUAUAGUUCAAUGACUGGGAAGGGGAAAAAACAACAACAACAAACCUAGUGUGUAUGUUAAAUAUUGAAAACACGGACUAGUACCCCAAAUUGAAAGGUAGGCCUAAAUAAUAGAAAAACCAUAAACAGGAUCAUAACGAUGCCAUGUCGUUGAUUUUUUUAUGAUUGCGACACGACAUCCUCCUAGGGAUGGCCGUAAUCUUUAGCACUUCCUACAACACGUCAUGUACCUAUCAAGCAAAUAUCCCCGUCUUUGGCAGUGGCGAAGCCAGGGUUGGUGCCGCCUGGAACGUGCCAAUAUUUGUGCAUACUGCUCUCUGCAGCUUUUGCCGCUCAGGGAUCGACUGCUCUUUGCCCCAUGCACACCAAACUUCCGAGGCUAUAUGUGUAGUUGUCUGAUGGAUGUGUGUCAAAUUACAAGUUAGACGUGUCCGACCCAAUGACGGAACGAUUACAAAUUUUAUUGUCUCUCUACAUCAGUGGUUCUCAACUACCCUAAUCCCGCGACCCUUUAAUUACAGUGUCUCAUGUUGUGGUGACCCCAAACAUAAAAUUAUUUUCGUUGCUUCUUGAAAAAUAUGAACCCCGCGAUGGUCUUACGCGAUCCCUGUGUAAGGGCCGUUCGACCCUCAAAGGGGUCGCCCCCCCCCCCCCACAGGUUGAGAACCGCUGCUCUAUACCUAACAUCACUUCCACGUUCCAUAUAUCUCCCCCACUUUUUAAAAACAAUGUCAUCCUUAAAUUUCUUAACCUAAAUAUAUAUAUAUCUUGAUAUCAACGUAAAGCACAACACACCCCUCUCAACACACACUUCUCAACACACACCUCACAACACACACCUCUCAACACACACAGCUACCACUACAACGUUUUCGUCAUUUGACGCUCUCUAUAUUUAGAAAUGAUGACACACGAACAACCCGUCAAUUAAUGCAGUGCAGUUUUAAACAAAAGCCCCAUCGUCGCUAUAACUUUGCAUUACAAUUGCUAACGGCCCAAAUCAUUCAGGAUAACACCAGCUAUGUCUGCCCACCUAGUAGUGUAGACCCAAAAGCUAUAGUACAGAUUCUCAAACUUUUGUUUUGAGCCACGACACAAUUUUAUAAAAAAUCAUUUUAUAGAGGCAAAGUGAUACGCGACACAAUUAAAAUACAAAAAAACCAAAAAACUCCAGUAAGUGAAAAAAAAAACCCACCUAGAAAACUAGAGACAGUUCUAGGAAAUGAAUCGACCGUUAUUCAAAACAUGAUACUUUCUUAAAACAUCAAUUUUUUUGAUGUCACCGAUUCAGCGGCGGCCCCCAUAGACAAGCUUCCGCGAUAUGGGGUCGUGACCAGUGGUUUGGGGACCAGAGGGUGGCAGUGUGAGCAGUGGGUUGGGGACCAGAGGGUGGCAGUGUGAGCAGUGGGUUGGGGACCAGAGGGUGGCAGUGUGAGCAGUGGGUUGAGAACCAGAGGGUGGCAGUGUGAGUAGUGGAUUGGGAACCAGAGGGUGCCAGUGUGAGCAGUGGAUUGGGAACCAGAGGGUGCCAGUGUGAGAAGUGGAUUGGGAACCAGAGGGUGCCAGUGUGAGCAGUGGGUUGAGAACUAGAGAGUGGCAGUGUGAGCAGUGGAUUGGGAACCAGAGGGUGGCAGUGUGAACAGUGGACUGGGAACCAGAGGGUGCCAGUGUGAGCAGUGGGUUGAGAACUAGAGAGUGGCAGUGUGAGUGGAUUGGGAACCAGAGGGUGGCAGUGUGAACAGUGGACUGGGAACCAGAGGGUGCCAGUGUGAGCAGUGGGUUGAGAACUAGAGAGUGGCAGUGUGAGCAGUGGAUUGGGAACCAGAGGGUGGCAGUGUGAGCAGUGGACUGGGAACCAGAGGGUGGCAGUGUGAGUAGUGGAUUGGGAACCAGAGAGUGGCAGUGUGAGCAGUGGAUUGGGAACCAGAGGGUGGCAGUGUGAGCAGUGGAUUGGGAACCAGAGGGUGGCAGUGUGAGUAGUGGAUUGGGAACCAGAGGGUGGCAGUGUGAGUAGUGGAUUGGGAACCAGAGAGUGGCAGUGCGAGUAAUGGAAUAAGAACCAGAGAGUGAAAGUGGGUAGGGAACCAGAGAGUAGCAGUGCGAGCAGUGAUGAAGGAAGUGUGAGUGUGUGCGUGUGUAGGGAGGGGCGUUGCCACUGAUAACGAGUUCUUAUUGGAUACACUUGAACAUUCUGAAUUGAAUUAUUUAAGAACCUCGUUGUAGUAACAGAAACGUUGUAGUAGUUAGCAUAACGUGAUCAACACCCCCCCCCCCCCAACCUUCCAUUGUUCGACCCAAAACAAAUCCCCUCAGUUCCUUUUCACGUAAACACCCCAUACCCUUUUCCUAGUUUAUCUAACACAGAUUACCCAACCCCCUAGUUCACUAACAUACGUUACCCUUCCCCCAGUUCACUAGCAUACACUCCCCGCCCCCCACAGUGUAAUAAACAUACACCGAGAGUCCGUUUCUGUGGGAGCUUUCUGCUGCAAGUUGUGUGUUAGUUUUGAAUUAAUUGAGUGCUAAACGGUUAAAGCAACGACUUGUUAUUGACAGAUUAUAAUAUGACAGUUGCCGAUAACGCUUAGCAUCAUUUGCUUAUCAAAAUGUUAAAGUGAAUUGUGCAUUGGUAAACCAUGAUUUAAGUGAAUUGUGCAUUGGUAAACAAUGAUUUAAGUGAAUUGUGCAUUGGUAAACAAUGAUUUAAGUGAAUUGUGCAUUGGUAAACCAGGAUUUAAGUGAAUAGUGCAUUGGUAAAUCAUGAUUUUAGUGAAUUGUGCAUUGGUAAAUCAUGAUUUAAGUGUAUUGUGCAUUGGUAAAUUAUUAUUUAAGUGAAUUGUGCAUUGGUAAACCAAGAUUUAAGUGAAUUGUGCAUUGGUAAAUCAUGAAUUAGGGAAUUGUGCAUUGGUAAACCAUGACUUAAGUGUAUUGUGCAUUGGUAAACCAUGAUUUUAGUGAAUUGUGCAUUGGUAAAUAAUUUUUUAAGGGAAUUGUGCAUUGGUAAAUCAUGAUUUUAGUAAAUUGUGCAUUGGUAAAUCUUGAUUUAAGUGUAUUGUGCAUUGGUAAAUCAUGAUUUAAGUGAAUUGUGCAUUGGUAAAUCACGAUUUAAGUGAAUUGUGCAUUGGUAAAUCAUGAUUUAAGUGAAUUGUGCAUUGGUAACCCAUGAUUUAAGUGAAUUGUGCAUUGGUAAAUCAUGAUUUAAGUGAAUUGUGCAUUGGUAAAUCAUGAUUUAAGUAAAUUGUGCAUUGGUAACCCAUGAUUUAAGUGAAUUGUGCAUUAGUAAAUCAUGAUUUAAGUGAAUUGUGCAUUGGUAAACCAAGAUUUAAGUGAAUUGUGCAUUGGUAAAUCAUGAUUUUAGUGAAUUGUGCAUUGGUAAACCAUGACUUAAGUGUAUUGUGCAUUGGUAAACCAUGAUUUUAGUGAAUUGUGCAUUGGUAAAUCAUUUUUUAAGGGCAUUGUGCAUUGGUAAAUCAUGAUUUUAGUGAAUUGUGCAUUGGUAAAUCAUGAUUUAAGUGAAUGGUGCAUUGGUAACCCAUGAUUUAAGUGAAUUGUGCAUUGGUAAACCAUGUUUUAAGUGAAUUGUGCAUUGGUAAAUCAUGAUUUAAGUGAAUUGUGCAUUGGUAAACCAUGUUUUAAGUGAAUUGUGCAUUGGUAACCCAUUUUUUAAAUGAAUUGUGCAUUGGUAAACCAUGUUUUAAGUGAAUUGUGCAUUGGUAACCCAUGUUUUAAGUGAAUUGUGCAUUGUUAAACCAUGUUUUAAGUGAAUUGUGCAUUGGUAAACCAUGACUUAAGUGAAUUGUGCAUUGGUAAACCAUGAUUUUAGUGAAUUGUGCAUUGGUAAAUCAUGAUUUUAGUGAAUUGUGCAUUAGUAAAUCAUGAUUUAAGUGUAUUGUGCAUUGUUAAACCAUGUUUUAAGUGAAUUGUGCAUUGGUAAAUCAUGUUUUAAGUGAAUUGUGCAUGGGUAAACCAUGUUUUAAGUGAAUUGUGCAUUGGUAAACCAUGAUUUCAGUGAAUUGUGCAUUGGUAAAUCAUGAUUUAAGUAAAUUGUGCAUUGGUAAUCCAUUUUUUAAGUGAAUUGUGCAUUGGUAAAUCAUGAUUUAAGUGAAUGGUGCAUUUGUAAACCAUGAUUUAAGUGAUUUGUGCAUUGGUAACCCAUGUUUUAAGUGAAUUGUGCAUUGGUAAACCAUGAUUUAAGUGAAUUGUGCAUUGGUAAACCAUGAUUUAAGUGAGUUGUGCAUUGGUAAACCAUGAUUUAAGUGAAUUGUGCAUUGGUAAACCAUGAUUUAAGUGAAUUGUGCAUUGGUAAACCAUGAUUUAAGUGAUUUGUGCAUUGGUAACCCAUGUUUUAAGUGAAUUGUGCAUUGGUAAACCAUGAUUUAAGUGAGUUGUUCAUUGGUAAACCAUGAUUUAAGUGAGUUGUGCAUUGGUAACCUAUGUUUUAAGUGGUUUUCCAAAGUGAAAGGAACGUUGCUAUUAGUUUAAAAAGGAUUUUACAUGAAUUUGAAAGUGUGUGUCAAAUGUCACUGUUAAUAGGCUCAUGUAUGCUGCCUAUAUCUGUGCACAGAAUCCUAUGUAUGCCUUCUAUGUCCGUGCACAUAGCCCUAUAUGCUGUCUAUGUCCAUGCACAUAGCCCUAUAUGCUGUCUAUGUCCGUACACAUAGCCCUAUAUACUGUCUAUGUCCAUGCACAUAGCCCUAUAUGCUGUCUAUGUCCGUACACAUAGCCCUAUGUAUGCUGUCUUUGUCCGUGUACAUAGCCUUAUGUAUUCUGUUUAUGUCCAUGCACAUAUCCCUAUAUGCUGUCUAUGCCCGUGCACAUAGCCCUAUGUAUGCUGUCAAUGUCCGUGCACAUAGCCCUAUGUAUGUUGUCUUUGUCCGGGCACAUAGCUCUAUGUAUGCUGUCUAUGUCCAUGCACAUAGCCCAGUGUAUGCUGUCAAUGUCCGUGCACAUAGCCCUAUGUAUGUUGUCUUUGUCCGUGCACAUAGCUCUAUGUAUGCUGUCUAUGUCCGUGCACAUUGCCCUAUGUAUGUUGUCUAUGUCCACUCACAUAGCCCUAUAUAUGUUUUCUUAGUCCCUGCACAUAGCCCUAUAUAUUAUGUCUAUAUCCGUACACAUAACCCUAUGUAUUAUUUCUAUAUCCGUGCACAUAGCCCUAUGUAUUAUGUCUAUAUCCGUGCACAUAGCCCUAUGUAUUAUGUCUAUAGCCGUGCACUUAGCCCUAUGUAAGCUCCUUUGAAAAUUGGUUGAUCACCACUAGAUGGGCUAAUCCCCCACUGUGGGUGGGGGGGGCGCCACAAGAUGAUGCUGACUGUGAAGCAGAGUUCUAGCUAGAGUGUUUGGCGCACAAGGACAAGACUCAUUUUUACGCCAACCGUCAAUUUUCAUCAAUUAAAUAACACCAUAGCCUAAAUCUCCCUCUACCCAACUUGGCUGGCGCCCGGGGAAUUAUGCUCUACUCUGACACCUUAGAUACGUUUCUGCCAGCUUAGCUACGUGUCUGCCACCUUAGCUACGUGACUGCCACCUUAGCUACGUGUCUGCCACCUUAGCUAGUCUCGGUUCACCUUAGCGACGUCUCUGCCACCUUAGCUACGUCUCGGGCCACCUUAGCUAUGUCUCUGCCACCUUAGCUACGUCUCGGGUCACCUUAUCUACGUCUCUGCCACCCUAGCUACGUCUCGGGCCACCUUAGCUACGUCUCUGCUGUGAAAACUAAAAUUCAAACAAUAUGAGAGACAGAAAACAAGCUCUGUGUAAUAUCAUGUCAUUGAGACACAUUUUUUAAUCUUCAGUGUCUGGUAGAAAGUUUAUCUGUCUUGUCUGCUAUAAGUUCAGCUUUCUUGUCUGGUUGAAGCAGGGGCGUAGCUAGGGGUGGUGUUGAUGCGGAACGAACCGGGUGACACCAUCUCAAGGGGAUGACACCCAAUUAAAAAAAUUCAUAUUUACAGAGCACACACUGCUCGGUCUAACCGAAUUUCACAAAUGGGUAACAUUUUCCACACAUGUAACCAGUCAAUUCUUAAAAGUUCAAGAUUGAUGCUCGAUAAAUGAGGUGACCCAAUAAUUAGGUCAGAAAAACACAGUUUUAAGUGACAAUAAACUAUAUUAAUCUAAAUUAUGAGAAAUAAAGCUUUCCAUUGAUACCAAAUACGUUGUGGCCGGGUGAUUCUAAAGUACACGUCAUUGUUAUACUGUGGACUUAUUUUAAGAAGAAGAAAUUUUUUGUGAAAGUCGGGGGGGGGGGGUAACACCACUAGUUUAUCGCACCGGGUGACAACCAAUGUUCCCUUUAAGGUUUGCUGGUUCGUGUGCAAAAUCAUACAGUUGUGGGCAAAGUUUUACAGCAUCGAUUUUUUUUUUGUUAUACUGUGGACUUAUUUUAAGAAGAAGAAAUUUUUUGUGAAAGUCGGGGGGGGGGAGUAACACCACUAGUUUAUCGCACCGGGUGACAACCAAUGUUCCCUUUAAGGUUUGCUGGUUCGUGUGCAAAAUCAUACAGUUGUGUGCAAAGUUUUACAGCAUCGAUUUUUUUUGUGUGCAAAAUUUUACAGCCCACAAACACAAACACACACUUGCAUGGAAAUUUGCAGCGCGGAUACUCAAAACUGCUGCGCGGUGUCUGUGAGAUGGCUGCGCGGUCACGCUAGCUACGCCACUGGGUAGAAGUUCAGCUGCUUUGUCUGGUAGAAGUUCAACUGCUUUGUCUGGUAGAAGUUCAACUGCUUUGUCUGGUAGGAGUUCAGCUGCUUUGUCUGGUAGAAGUUCAACUGCUUUGUCUGGUAGAAGUUCAACUGCUUUGUCUGGUAGAAGUUCAACUGCUUUGUCUGGUAGAAGUUCAACUGCUUUGUCUGGUAGAAGUUCAGCUGCUUUGUCUGGUAGAAGUUCAAAAAGUUCGCAUUCCUAAUGUUCCGUCUUCUGCUCUACAGCCAACAGCGCGCGACUCUCAGAUCCGAACGGAUAAUGGCGGCCUCAAAGUGCGACCUUUUCUACAGCUUCGGCCUGCUGUGCUGUGUGUCCGGAGUGAUUCUCAUGUUUGUCGGCGCGGGUACGGCCUACUGGAUGAUCAACAGCAAUGGCCCAGAGUCUGUGGGACUUUUUGUGAGAUGUAAUUAUGAGACGUGUAUUCCUAUCACGGCCAAUGGUGAGAAAAAAAACAACAACAAAACAUCUGUCAACCACUUGUGACCCCGGGACCUCUUGCGACACCGGGACCGCUUGUGGCUCAUGGAAUUAAUAAGUUUUCCUGUUUUGUUUAUUAAAAUUUUAUUUUUCUAUUCAUAUAAAACGAGUGAAUAAAUAAUUUAAAUUGUCUGUUUCCAGUAGAUACAAUUUAUUAAAUGGGUCUUCGUCGAGUUAGGUGCUUGCAUUUACAGUAGACAAUUAAAAGAAAAGUCAAUGCAAAAAGAGUGCGCCAUGACGUCAUGUUUACGUGUUUGUUUAGUAAAGUUUCUGUUUUGGAUUCACUCCUCAGGUUUAGAGAUAGAUUUAGGGAUACAUUUUUUUAGUGGUUUAGUGUUCAGGUUAGGCUUAGGGAUACAUAUGGGACAUUUUGUCUUUAAAUUUUAACAUACUAUUAGUAAUUUGAGCAACCAAGAUGGCGGCCGUGUGAUACGCCAUGGCGCAUUCUCUUUGCAUUUAUUCAAAUUUUUAAUUGCACGUUUACUCGCUUAAAAUAAUAAUUUUCAGCAUAUCCAUGUUAUAAAUACACCGCUGAAUGCAACGCCAAAAACACCAGGGGUUCUCAAGUUGUUUCUUUGAUCUACAGACACAAAUUUCGCCCCCCCCCCCCUACCCUUCAAAGAUCCUGAAACUAAUAAGCAGAAUCUAGUUUCAUUUCUAUGAAUGAAGUGUUGCUAAAUGUAACAAUGUAAAUAAUUUUCAGCAUAUCCAUGUUAUAAAUACACCGCUGAAUGCAACGCCAAAAACACCAGGGGUUCUCAAGUUGUUUCUUUGAUCUACAGACACAAAUUUCGCCCCCCCCCCCUACCAUUCAAAGAUGCUGAAACUGAUAAGCAGAAUCUAGUUUCAUGUCUAUGAAUGAAGUGUUGCUAAAUGUAACAAUGUAAACAAUCAAGACAUAUCUAAUUGAAUGAAAUAUUGCUAAAAUAUAAGAAUGUAAACAAAGCCGUUCAACAUCCACAGAGCAAGAGACUGCCACCAAGGCCGUCAUGUCCACGGGGAUUGUCCUAGGAGCCCUGGCCACAACUCUGGCCUUCACGUUCCUCAUCAGGUUCACCAGCAUCAGCCCCACCUCCAAGAGGAUCCCAUUCCUCAGCUGUCUUUUGUCUAUGACAGGGGGUGAGUCUGCUUCUUAGGGACAAUUGGUCUAUGAUAGGGGGUGAGUCUGUUUCUUAGGAAUAAUCGGUCUAUGACAAGGGGUGAGUCUGCUUCUUAGAAAUAAUUGGUCUAUGGCAGGAGGUGAGUCUGCUUCUUAGGAAUAAUUGGUCCAUGACAGGUGGUGAUUCUACUUCUUAGGAAUAAUUGGUCUAUGACAAGGGGUGAGUCUGCUUCUUAGAAAUAAUUGGUCUAUGGCAGGAGGUGAGUCUGCUUCUUAGGAAUAAUUGGUCCAUGACAGGUGGCGAUUCUGCUUCUUAGGAAUAGGAAUAAUUGGUCUAUGACAGGGGGGUGAGUCUGCUUCCUAAUAUUUGAUUGUAUUUUGUUAGAAUUUACCUUCACGUAUCUAACUUUUUUUAGGAAUUACCUUAGACGUGAGUAUAUUUUGUUAGGAAUUACGUUGACAAGACUGCUUUUUUAAAAAUAGGAAUUACCUAGACUUGACUAUCUUUUGUUAAGAAUUACCUUGACAUUACUGUUUUUCUAGGAAUAACCUUGACAAGACUUUGUUGUGUUAGGAAUAAUGUAACAUGAUUUUUUUUAGUACCCAUUUUUUUUUUUUGCUGAAGGAAAAGCAACCUGUCUAUUUCAUCCCAACCGAUAACAGGAACUUGGUCAUCAAAGUUUCGCAGUUCAAGAAUGAAAUAAAUUAGCGAUCAUAUGCUAAGCUACAAGACCUUGCUGGAAAGUUGAAGACGAUGGUGUUCUCUGACUUUUUUUCACACAGGAAAUGCCUGGCUUAAUGUAUUACCUUUUCACCGCUAAAAAAAAACAAAACCAAACUAACACCAUGCUUGCUUCAUGGUUUUCUUAAGUUAACCAACACCAACAAGCGCCAUUUCCUCUGUUUCAGGUCUGCUGGGCACGUCGGGCGUGUGCAUCUACGCCGUGGGCAUCUCCGACCCGUUCAACACCCGAUUCGACUUCGUCUACAGCAUGCAGUACGGCUACUCCUUCGCCCUGAGCAUCGCCGGCUCCAUCCUAUUGUUCGUCUCCGGGGCCCUGACCUGGUUCGGUGCCUGCCGCAUCGUGAAGGCAUCCCAGCCUCGGUCCGGCCAGGAGCUGACCAACCGUGGACACUUGGUGGCCGUCGCCAACAUGCGGGCGUCCACGGUGCAUUUCGCGCCCUACUCCCUGGACGCCCCGCCGCGCUAUGACACGAUCUGCCAGGGGUAUGGUAUGCUAGGGUUCGACCCCAAACAGUUCCCUCCCCCUCCUGAUUAUUUCACUUCCCACCAAGGACCAGCGCCGCCGCCAUACUCUGCCAACAGCAGUAGCUCGCACCCGACAUCGGAGUUACCCGCCCCUACAGGAAACACCAAACACGAUGGGGGCCAGACAAUGCAAAGUCCCGCGACUCAUGUUUCACUCACAGAAGCCGGAGAGUUAUCAGAUAAAACUGACAGUAGUCAGACAUAGCCGUAUCACGUGAAGUGUCUCGAUGAACGCAAACACGCUUUUUGGCUUGUGUGUGUUCAAUUGUGGACGAAGACCUGGCAACACAUACACACAAUCGAGAGAUCUAACCAAUCAAAAUUUGUUUUUUUGUUUUUUUUUAAAAAGCAAGAAAUAUAAUCCAGUAGUUUUCAUUAUCAUUUCUCAAGUUGUCACUGCAAGCAGACUUCAAGUCUUUGCUGUGUCUUCACUGACUGGUGGGUUUAAAUCGAUGGACAUUAACAAAACUUAGUUUGCUGUCGCGGGUUAACUACAUCAAAGGUUAAACAUUAUGGGUUUAAGCCGCCGAGACUGGGGCUGUAUAUGGCGACUGUGUAUGGCGAGACUGUGUAUAUCCGUGGUAACUUGUAUGGCCACUUGCCGUAAAUAUGGUCCAGGUUAAUUAACAUAUAAGAAAAAAAAAAGCAAAUUUUCUUUGUACCUUUUUAGUUGCCAUUUCAUAAAGGCUUCCAAAACUAUUAACAUCAAUUUGUUGCUUUAUUUGAAAGAUGUUGAUAGAUGGUGCCUUCAAGAGUUUCAUCUGACUGCUGUCUGACUCCUGUUUGACUUCUUUCUGACUGCUGUCAAACUGCUGUCUGACUCCUGUCUGACUUUAUGGAAUGAACUAUUUGUUUUUGCUCUGCUCGUAUCACCAGAAAUAUCUUUGCGAGGAUUAUAGGAGCAAACAAAUGGUCAAGGGAACUUAUGACGUGCCCCAGUUCACUACGUACUCUCACACUGUUGAAAAGUCAUUUGGUUUUAUAUUAAGUUUUACAUGUGAUGCAUAGCUAUACUUAUGAAUAUAUCAUGUAAUGGUCAACCCCCAGCCCACGACCCGGCUGAGACACUCAAGUUUGGUUAAGUUCCAGAGGACAAUCUUAAUAUAUAUUUUGUUGAUAAAGUUAAUCGACCAAGUAUAGGUUAAGUGGGAUGUACAACAUUGUUAGUGAUUGGCCCGGUAUAGGUACAACAGGACGUACAAUAGUUUUAGUGAAUGGCCCGGUAUAGGUACAAUAGGACGUACAAUAGUGUUAGUGAAUUGCCCAGUACAGAUACAACAGGACGUACAAUAGUUUUAGUGAAUGGCGCGGUAUAGGUACAACAGGACGUACAAUAAUUUUAGUGAAUGGCCCAGUGUAGGUACAACCGGGCGUACAAUAGUUUGAGUGAAUGACUCGGUAUAGGCACAACAUUGCUUACUAUUGUGUUAAUGAAGCUUUCGCUACAUUUGCCUAUGGCCCCUUGUUUUUAAGGACACCUGCGGUCCCAACCGCUGGGACGAUAUAGAGCCAUGGCCGCCACGUCUGAAACUUAUCAUUAAACUAUUCGUUCUUAUAGUUUCUAGAAAGUUGAAAUAUAAUUGAUCUUGCUAUUUAAGAAAUACAAAUCAUAAUAGGAGCCCCCCCCUCCCCCCAAUCUUCGCCCCCACUUUCUAGCCUUAUGUUUGAAGUUGUAUGAAUAUGUCAUUAUGUACAUUCCUUGCGAGUUUGUGAGGCAUUUAAUGGAAGGUGAUAGAUCAAACAGAAGAGUUGUUUUAUAUUUUCUGUACACAAAUCUCAACACCCUAUAUCAAGAGCUACCCAUGACAAGGUAACGAAUACAUAUCUUUCACCGUAUGUACAAGUACUUGUAUACAACCGAAAUGCUCUUACUUAUAUACCGCUUAAUGAUCUUUGACUACAACAUAUCAAUUAACAUAUUUCAUCCUUUUCAUUAAAAAAAAAAUUUUGAAUAUUAUUUUUAAUGCUUGUUACCCAUAAGAUCAAGUAGAUGCUGCAAUGAAAUCAAACAAUUAUAUCCACUGGAUAUUUCGUUUAUAACUUCCACAACUAUUGAUAAUACAAUUUAUUCAAUUUUAAAUUUAAAAAAAACAUGUUUCUAAAUUUAAAAAAAAAAAAGAAAAGGAAAUCAAUCAAAUAUUAAUGUUUAAAAAGGCAGAUUGUAUUUAAUUAAAGAAUUUUUUAGCGGAUUUCACUCCAAGAUUGUGUCUGGUGUCCUAUGAAGAUUAAUCAGUUUUCCAGGCAGACUUAUAAUGCUGCGAACAAAAUAAAAACAAAACAGUGACGGCACAGACUGACAGACAGACACGUUCAUAAGGACUGCGGUAUCCUGGACUGAUGUUGAUACUGAUAGGUAGAAUCAGUGACGUGGGCAUGGACGCGCCUGGGCACACAACAGCUCUAUUGAUUUUCUGAAGACUACAAAAGUCCCUGAGGUGAUCGAGUUUCCUCAUUAAGUAGGUCAGCUGACGGUCUUUUCUUUUCUUUUUGUUUUUUCCCUCCUGGAUGCGUUGAAGAUAUGAAGAACAUUUUCUUAAUGCAGCUUUAGUUUAACAACGUGUUUCAUGUUUUGUAUUAUUAUAAUAUGAAAGUACUCUGGUCUUCCUUUGUGGUCACAUGCCCUCCACCCCCCGCCCCCGGUUCCGUCACAGUGUCUUCAUGUCAUCUAUGCAUUUCGGAGAAUCUGUUUAUUCUUGUUUCAUAAUAAAUGAUGUGUACAUAAAUUCUAUCAUUAAGACAACAAAACAUGUAAACACAUAUUAUAAUUAUUUUAUUGGUGUACACAUUUUUUCAGAAACAUUCAUCUUUGAUAUGAUUUUACUAAACAAGAAAUAAAAGAAGUUAAAUUUAAAGAAG